AUGGUUCCAGGCUUGGGGAAAGAAAACAAGCAUGAAAAAAAAACCUCCCGUUGGAACACCAAUUUUUCACCUUCUACGCACAUCCAGGCCAGUCCAGCCCAAACACAACACAACACAAUUACAACAAUGUCGGGCCUCGAGUCGCUAAAGGCUCUACGUUCAGCUACAACUGGCAAUGAGCCGAUUGUGUUUUUCAAAGAAGAUGGAGAAAAAACGGAGCAGAUUCAGGACGCUGUUGAUGUGCAGUUUGGCAAAGACACAACAAAAUUCAAACUAGGCUCAAUCACGAAUUUCAUAAACGAAGACAAACAACAAGAUUUGAAAUCAGUGGUCUUUUGCUGGCUUCAGGAAGGUGAGCCUAAUGUCGACUACAAAGCGAAAGCUGCCGAGUUGGGCAUUGCAUCGUUUAAAUACUUGAAUCGUAACGAGCUAAGUACAUGGUUGAAUGGAAGCACUGAUACGUGCACUUUCAUCGAAGGGUUGGAGUCGGACGAGAAGAACAAGUCAGCAAAGGCUGGGAAUGAAUCGAUUGCGGAAAUAUCGAGGAAACGGAAACUAGAAGACCCCCAGUUGGACAGGAUAAAGCAGUUUGAGCGGGAAUCAAUCGACCAUAACGCGGCCUUGAGAGGGUCAAAGAAUAUCGAUUUUGGUUAUUUGAUAUCCGACGCCAAGAAGUUUAUGCGUGACCUAAAGCGUUCGGAUAAGAAGACCAAGGCAGUGCAAAAGUCAACGGGUCCAAAGAAGCAACCAAUAAUCAUUGUGUCUCCAGCAACAACGGCAUUGUUGUCGUUAUCGAACAUCAAAACUUUUUUCGAAGAAGGCCACUACACCGAGCCCGUCCCCACGAAUAGGCCGAAAUCCGGCGUGGUGAUACUCAACCACCGGUCCGAUAACUUGGUCUCUGCAGCACAAAAGAUUAUGGUUGUCGACAAUACCGAUUUGUUUACGAGUCCCGAGUACUGGAACCGAGUCAUUGCCGUUUUCACUACUGGCCAAACUUGGCAGUUUGCAAAGUAUACGCCAUCGCAGCCUGAAGCUUUAUUUCAAAAAUACGCGGGCUUUUAUGUCGGUUAUCAAGGUGAGAGCACGCCGCCUCAAAUCAGAGAUUGGAACGUACGAGAGAUAAAAGUGGAUCGUGGGGAUAAGAGGUUCAAGGACAAGGUGAUUGUCAAGGAUUUCUGGCUCGAGAUUGACAAGAUACUAGUCAGCAAGGGUUACGGGAGGUAA